CUACUCCAUUCCUCCAAAUUUCUAUUAUCUCACUAUGGACCUAUUACUAGGAAUAACUCCCACAUUUCAUCCAAAUAUCAAACCCUAUAGACAAAUCCAAUUUCUCCCAAAUUCCUCCAUCAAUCCAUCACAAUCAUCAAAAAUCCCAACCAUGUCCGACAUAAUCGCCUCUUCCAGAUCUCAAAACCUAGAUAUCCGUCUCCAAAAACUAGGUCCAUUAUUCAGAAUAACUGCGAUAAACAUUGAGAAUCAGAUCGAAAUCGGCAGAGCAGAAGGAAUCGUUAGGGUUUGGAUCGGCGGAAAGAUCCUGCAUCUAGAUUCUGUUAAGCUACGGCGAGAGAGUUUGAAGAUGGAGAAAUCUAUAUUCGGAAUUUCAUUGUUCAUCGGAGCGGUUGCGAUCAGGCAUGGAUACGAUUGCGGUUGUAAGACGGCGGAGUUGCUUGCUAUUAACGAUUCUGAUGAGUAUCAUUCUAAGCUUGUGAGAUUUUACACGAGAAUGGGGUUCAAAGUGGUUCGUGAAGUGACCGGUUCAUCGAUGGGUGACGUGGCGCAUAUGCUGGCAUGGGGUGGUACUGGGACCCGCAUGGAUGCUGAUAUCACGAGUCUACUCGUUAAAUGGUCUUCCAGAUUUAAUUCUAUAAACUCUAAAUAAAAAUGUUGAUAUUUUUUUUUUGGCAAUAUUUUUACAUUUAUAUAUAGGAAUAUGUAAAAUGAGAUAAUUCUUAUAGAUAUAACAUGUCAUUUAAAAA